CGCCUUCGAACCAUCAGAAACAUGUGGACUAGCAUCAACACCCUACGUGGGAAGAGUGGCUUUGGAUGGGAUGACAAUUUGAGGAUGAUUACUUGUGCUAAAAAGGUGUAUGAAGAGGAAGUGGUGGCGCAUCCUAAGCAUGAGCAAUUUUUAAAUAAAAAAAUUGAAAUGUACGAUGAGAUGGCCGUAGUUGUUGGUAAGGAUAUGGCGACUGGGAGUUUCUCAAAGUCUUUUGCUGAUAUAGAUGAUUCAGAACAUGUGGAUUUGGAUUUUGAUGAUGCGUUGUCAAAAGAAAAAGAUGUUGCUUCUUCCAAUUCUGCUUCAGCCAAAAGGUCACACAGGAAAAGAAGCCGUGCUGACAGUGAAGAUACUUAUAGUUUGAUAGCUGAACAGUUGAAAGAUGUUGCAUUAGCAGUUAGAUCUCUCAAUAAGGGAGUCGAUGCAGAUUAUCUUUAUGAGGAAGUAAUGAAGGUGGAAGGAUAUGAUGAGUUUAUGCUUGCAUCUGCAUUUGACCACUUGAUAGGAGAUGAGAAUGUCGCAAGAGGAUUUUUGGCAAAGAAUGCUAAGCUUAAAAAGUUUUGGUUGGACAACUUCUUCAAAAAUCAUGGAGCGUAGAAAUUGUUUAGUAUUGAUAUGUAGUAAGAUACUAAUUAACUAGAUUGAAAUAACAUAUAUGACUGAACUUGGAUGGU